AUGAUCCUUCUCAUGGAGAAUACCAAAAAUACCAUUUGGCUACCAAUAUAUUCAUUAAAUGGAUCUUUAAAUAACUUUUAUCUAAUUUUGGCACUUUUCGAGUUAAUUUCUUACUUUUUAACCGCAAUUUUAGUUUUAAAAACUUGUAAAAUAAUUCAAAAAUCUAAACAUUUCCAUAUCAAUAUGAAUAUUCUCGUAAUCGGUUUAAUCAGUCAAUGGUUCGAAGCUUUUGUGUCAAAACUGGCAAUAAUGCCCUAUCAAGUUGGUAUUCUAUCAGUUGAUAACUCGAAAUCUACAUAUAUCAGUUGGUGGACCUCCGAGCUAUCAGAUAUGGUUCAAGUACCCAAUUUCUUUCAAGUUCUCGCACUAUACCUGCCUGGACUUUUUAUUUGGCAUUAUAUUUAUUCAAUGUUUAUAGGGGUAACUUGUGUCGGUGUUGAGAGGAUUUUUGCCACUUAUUAUAUUCGUGACUACGAGAAAACUCCCCGAAAGCAUAUAGGAGCCGGAUUAAUGGUGUUGACUCAUUGCCUGAGUUUUCCAUUUUCCUAUUUUAUGGUCAAUAAUCGAAUUUCUUUCAUAUUGGCAGACACUUUGUGUAUAGCAUGUGUCGGAGCUGUUUGUGUUGUCUACCUAAUUUUAUGGCUGGUCAACGAGCGACAUCGCAAAAAUCUCACAGCUCGCGGAGCAUAUCAUUUGGCUCAGCAAUUUCAAGUCAAGGAGAAUAUUCGACAUAUAAUGCUGGCUCGAAAUAUAAUAAGUUGUGCCACGUUCUUUGUAGCAGUCACAUGUGGGUUAUUAAUGACAAUAGUACUUGAUUUAAUACCAAUUUGGCUCAAAAAUCCAAUGGCUCAGUGUAUUGAGAAUUGCAUAUUUUUGAAUCCGCUCCUUAUCUGCUCCGUGACAUUAUUCAGUGUGCCUGCGUGGAAGAACGAGUUUUGUCAGAGCAUUCCUAUUUUUCGAAAAUUUCGGAACGAAUCAAUAACCGUUCGAAAAUCAUUGGGCCCUGAUAGUGAUACGAAGGAAUAUUUUAAUCAGUUGAAAAAUGCGUGGCUAUGA